AUUUCUUGGAAGUUCUCUUCUUUUUUGUCUGUUCCUGGAAAUCUUUAAUGGGUUUAUAGUGAUCUAUUUGUGUGCUUUAAUUUUAGUUUCGAAGUGGGGUUUUGAUGUUUUGAUUGAUAGAUAAGCAUGGCCUAAUCUUACCUAACAUCAUUUUUGUUUUUUAUUGGCUCACCACAGCAGUUUUAGUAGGGUUUGAUAACCAUGAAAAAAGGCUGUUUUUGUGUUGAAAGAAACACAAGUUGGUGUCUUUUUUUAGAUCAAUUGAUUCAUUUACAUGUUAUCCUCUUUAAAUGCCGUUGGCCUUUUGAAGCAACAAUCUUUUUUUUUAUUAAUGUGGGAUACAUCCAUCCAUGGAUGUCGUUUCAAAUCCAGAGGAUUAAAAUUUGCUCUGCAUUUGAUUUGGUAACCGGUCUGUCAGGUUUUUUAAUUUCACUGUAUUUCCUUCCGGGUAUAAAGUAACGUGUUAAGUAAUCUAUAUGGGCCUGCUUGGUUCUCCGCAAGCUGAGUACCAUAUUGAUCAUGCUAAAAAUGUAUGCUUUCAUGUUCACUUGUUCCUUGUAUGACAAAAUCUAGGCUUUUUUUUAUCAUAUUUGUUGGGCCGGUGAUGCUGGGAGUUUUGCAGUUUUUUUUUUCGUGAGAUUUUUGUUAAUAGUUGGACUUUACUCUGGGUCUGUGGUUGGAUAUUUUAAAGAUGAAUUUAUAUAACCUGAAAUAUGUGGAAGGAUGACAGCAUAUGAUCCUGUUCCUACUAACUUUGCAGGUGCCCUUAAGACCAUCACUAUAGGGUCUUGUUUUUUCACAAUUCUGCAUCUGGAUGUAGAGCGACAGUGAACUUGAAGAUCUUUUUUGAUCGUGUCUUCUAUUUUCAUCAUGGAGGGAGAAACGUCUUGGGUAAUUAAUUGUUUUGAGGACUCAACAAGGGGCAUUGGUGAAUUUGAUUCAUUCUCUGAACUUAGCGAUGAAGGCAGUAAAGAAGUUAAUGCUGUUUCAGUUGAUUUAAUCUUGCCUGAUGAUCUGCUAGAACGAAUCCUAGCUUGUCUCCCCGUUGCUAGCAUCUUCAGAGCUGGCUGUGUGUGUAAAAGAUGGCAUGAGAUUGUUAGUUCAAGGAGGUUUUUAUGGAACUUCUCGCAUGUCCUGCCACAAAAACCUUGGUAUUUUAUGUUCACAAGCUCAGAUGAACCUGUUGGCUAUGCCUUUGAUCCAGUCCUUCGAAAAUGGUAUGGCAUUGAUCUUCCCCGCAUCAAGACAUCUAAUUGGUUCAUUGCUUCAUCAUGUGGCUUGGUUUCCUUCAUGGACAAUGACACCAGAAGCGAGUUGUAUGUCUGCAACCCUAUCACCAAACACUGCAGGAAGCUUCAGGAGUCCCCAGGUUUAAAAUUUCCUGAUUACAGUGCACUUGCUAUUUCUGUGAACCGGAUAUCACAUGGUUAUACUAUCUCAAUUGUGAAGUCUAAGCAAGUCCCUGGGAAUUUUUUCCAAUGGGAUCUCUCUAUCCACAUUUAUGAUUCUGAUACGAGGAUGUGGGUAACUUCUUGCACAGAGGUUUUGACAGGAUGGAGAGGUGGUGAUGAGAGUGUAAUCUGUGGUGGGUUUUUAUACGUUUUGAUAUAUUCUGCAGGAGGUGGCUCCCCAGAAACCCGUCAUGGUCUGAUUACAUACAAUCUAUCCAGCAGAUCUUCUAAUGGCUUGUUGAUAAGAAGUUUUAUCAAAGUACCUUGUCCUCUUACUUGUGGCCGUCUGAUGAAUUUGAAUGAGAAGCUUGUAAUGGUGGGAGGAAUUGGUAAACAAGACCGGCCUGACAUAAUAAAGGGGAUUGGCAUCUGGGUUCUAAAUGGCAAGGACUGGCAAGAGAUUGCCCGAAUGCCCCAUAAGUGUUUCCAAGGAUUUGGGGAGUUGGAUGAUGUUUUUGCAAGUAGCGGUACGGAUAAUCUCAUAUACAUCCAGAGCUAUGGGGCUCCAGCUCUUCUUGUUUUUGACUUUAACCAGAAACAAUGGAAGUGGUCACAAAAGUGCCCAGUGACAAAGAGGUUCCCUCUUCAGCUCUUUACUGGUUUUUGCUUUGAACCUAGGAUUGAGAUGGCACCAUAAUUUGUUAUUGAAUUAAUGAAUUUAGUGUGUUGGUGUUGAAAAAUGUCUGAAUUUUUCCCUUUUUUUUUUCUUUUUGCCUGUUUACCCUUCAAUUUCAAUCAUUAUGAAAUCAGUUCCAGAAAAGUUAACACAUUGUACCUGCAAACAAAUUCUGCUAAUUCAUGAAAAUGGGAAUAUUAUUCUUUACGCGAGAA